AUUGAUGGUCCAAAUUUGUAAAAAUACUUUUUAGACGGACAAAAUUAGACCGACUGCUCCAAUUCCAAUUCAUCUGAGACUGAAUCCAUAUCACGAUAUCAGUUCUACAGAGAAUACACACUCCUCAGAGAGAGAGAGAGAGAGAGAGAGAGAAUGGACGCUGUAUCUCUGUUCAGAGGAAGUCCAUGUGCUUCAUCUUCCUUCUUCCGCUCAGCGCCUGAAAAACCCACCACCAGCUUAUCCUACACUCCAGCAUUCCAGCCCCGGUCCAAUCUUUUCUCGUAUUUAUCUUCUCGUCCUCAUGCCCCCAAGCAGAAGAGCCUUACCAAACGCCGCAUCUUCCUCCCCCACUUGGUUGCUUCCAUGCAAAAAAUGGAGGAGACUUACAUUAUGAUUAAGCCCGAUGGGGUCCAACGUGGUCUGGUUGGUGAGAUAAUUUCUAGGUUUGAGAAGAAGGGGUUUAAGCUGACAGGUUUGAAGCUCUUCGAAUGCCCCCAAGAAUUGGCAGAGGAGCAUUAUAAGGAUUUGAACUCCAAGCCAUUCUUCCCGAAACUGAUCAGAUACAUAACCUCUGGUCCUGUGGUGUGUAUGGCUUGGGAGGGUGAUGGUGUUGUUGCAUCAGCUCGUAAGCUAAUUGGGGCUACAAAUCCUCUUCAAGCUGAACCAGGCACAAUCAGGGGGGAUCUUGCCGUUCAAACAGGAAGGAAUGUGGUUCACGGAAGUGACAGCCCUGAGAACGGCAAGCGUGAAAUAGCUCUCUGGUUCAAGGAAGGUGAAUUAUGUGAGUGGACACCAGCUCAAGCAGCAUGGUUGUUGGAGUGAUUCCUGACCUUUCUAUGGUUUCAUUCAGUUUUGCAGAGCUCUUUCAACCAUAUGUAGAAGAUCGAUUUAUACAAUGUGAUUUCAACUGUUAUGACAGUUCAUUUGACAAGUUGGAUAACUUUAGCACUCACUGUGUUCAACUGAAAUUUUCUACCCUGUCGAACAGAUAGGGGUGUUAGAUGAGUUAUGUCGGCCCUAUUAUUCUAUUGAGCUCAGGUGCAUUGAACA